AGCAGUUUCAACGCUUCAACUUCUAGAAGCUGUUGGAUGCAAGCAUCCACUCGAUAAAUUUUGAAAAUGGAUCGAAAAUAUGUUUGUUUUGCAUUAUUGCAAUAAUUUACUAAUGGAUAUUAGGCAUACUUUUUCCACUGUUAAAGAAAAUUGGAGCUACGGACAAACACGGUUUAUAUAACCAGUAGACUCCUAACAUAUGUUAAUUAUUGUUUGUUUCAUAUUGUUACAUAUAUAACAUGCUUAUCAUCUUGGGUUCCUAUAACAAAUCAGCGUGUGUGUCAGAUAGUUUUCAGAUGUUUUUGUUUUCUGUAUGUCUCAUUAAUGACUUAUUGAUGACAUGAGAUAGUGUUUAUCUGUUUGAACUUCAAGACAAUUUGAAUUGUAUAAGAAAAAUGGAAGACUCAUUUUGGUGGGGAACAAAAGUAGAACAUCUAUUAUUUAAAGGAUUUUCCUCUCAAUCUGUUGGUGGACUCAUAGGAUUGUGUUUGUUUGUUGGCGCAAUGGCUUUUUUCUUCGAAUACCUGCGGUUUAUACAAACAAAACAAAAACAAAGAGAGUUGAUAAUAAGGGUGAAGCAGUUGAAGUUAUUGUGCCCUACAGAUAGUGCAGCGUUACUAGCUAGGACCAUUACAAAUCCUCAAAACCCACUGAAUAUAACUCUAUUUGAUAGGGCACUCCUUUUUGGGACUGAGAUCUCUCUCUGGUUGCUUCUUCAGAACUUAGGAUAUUUUAUAAUGUUAGCAGUAAUGGUAUACAAUGCUUGGUUCCUUGUUUCUGCAGUGAUUGGGGGAGCAUUGGGAUAUUUUAUUUUUGGACAUAUGUUCAUGAAAAUCAAUUUGCAGAACUGUCAGAUCAUGAGAAGUGCAUACUGUACUCAGAUAUGUGGAGAGGCAGAUGUUGGGUCUUACAAUAGAAAUGGAGAAUCUACCCCAGUGGCUCAUGAUACACCCUCGUCAUCACACAAUAAACUUGAAUGUGACGAAUAUGUUCAAGAAGGAUCUGUGAAAACUAAGGUGCAAUGCCAUUAGGUUAAUCGUGACAACUUUUUUUAUUGUAAUAUAGGUAGCUUUUGGUGAUGGAAAGCCAGUUUUUAUUAUGCAAGUUUUUUCAAACUAGUCUCUGGAAUCCUUAUUGUACCUCUCAAAUAUGUUUCUUUGAUAUGUUAAAUUAGAAAUUAACUUGAUAGAAAUGAAACGAAUGGUAAUAUCCUUUGUUUAUUGUUAAAUCUAUGUUUAUAAGAAUAUAUUCAAAUGAUUUUAAUUCAUCCUAGUCACAAUAGUCAAUAUUGUACUGAGAGAAAUUAUUAUUAUUUAUCUAGCAGUUCGUCAGCUCGAUAAACUAUACAGUUUGUGAAAUAUUGUAGGUAGAAUUAAUCUCAUUUCAACUUUACAUAUAAGUAUAUAUUAAUUGACCAAUAUUUGUUAAGGACUCACUUGAAAAUAAUAUUCUUCGUAAUCGUAAGCGAUACAUAAUAUUUUGAUACCAGGCGGACUUUGAAAUGUAUGCAUCCUAGAAUAUUAUCAUUUUUUUUUUGAAACUCU